AUGGCCUCAGCGGUAGGCGUUCGUGCUGCCGUACAGUCGUUCCACAAACAGCUCCCUCUAGAGCGGAUUCCGUACCAGAGCAAUCCUAUCCUAACUGAAACCACCCGGUGGGAUCCUGGAAUUGGCCAAACAGCCGCGAAAGGUAUGCUGGUGGAUUUUCCGCUGGCUAUAAUAGAGGGUCUAAAGUCGAUACCGCAACUCUAUGGCGGCAACGUGCGCGAUCACAAACCAGUGACAGGUGCCAAGAGUGGCAUGGUAGUCGCAGGAAAGACAUUUACGUGGGGUUUCAUCGACGGUCUUAGUGACUUCGUGAUACAACCAUACAAGGGCGCAAAGAAAGAAGGCGCACUGGGGGCUACCAAGGGGUUCGGAAAAGGGGCGACGAGUCUAGUGACCAAGAGCGGUGCUGGUAUGUUCGGGGUGUUUGCAUAUCCUAGCACAGGAAUCAGCAAGAGCCUAUGGACAGCUGUACACAGCUCGACGCGUAAGGCGAUUGCCAAGGAGCACCACGAAGAGGGUGUUUGGAUGAUGAAGAAGGGGAUGGGAACGCAGCUGGACUGGGAUGAAGUAGUCCAUCGCUUCAUUUGA